GGAAACAGUCAGACCUUAUUUAGAGUUUUAAAAAUUGACAAUAAAUUUGAGGAUUAUCUGAACACAGAAUCUUGGGUGAACAGAUGGCAGAUGCCAGACAGCAGGGUGCAAUGUUGCUUAUACUUCAUUGCCCCUUCAGGUCAUGGCCUCAAGCCUCUGGACAUUGAGUUCAUGAAACACUUGCAUGACAAGGAGAACGUCAUUCCCCUCAUCGCCAAAGUGGACACACUGACUCCAGAAGAGUGCCAGCAGUUUAAGAAGCAGAUAAAGAAAGAAAUUCAAGAGCAUAAAAUAAAAAUAUAUGAGUUUCCAGAGACAGAUGAUGAAGAAGAAAAUAAGCUUGUUAAAAAGAUAAAGGACCGUUUGCCUCUUGCUGUGGUUGGUAGCAAUACUAUCAUUGAAGUUAAUGGCAAAAGAGUCCGAGGAAGGCAGUAUCCUUGGGGUGUUGCAGAAGUUGAAAAUGGUGUACAUUGUGAUUUCACAAUUCUAAGAAACAUGUUGAUAAGAACCCACAUGCAGGACCUGAAGGACGUGACGAACAACGUGCAUUACGAGAACUAUAGGAGCCGGAAGCUGGCAACUGAGAUGUACAAUGGUGUAGAUAACAACAAGAACAAAGGGCAGCUGACCAAGAGUCCUCUGGCCCAAAUGGAGGAAGAAAGAAGGGAACAUGUAGCGAAGAUGAAGAAGAUGGAGAUGGAGAUGGAGCAAGUGUUUGAGAUGAAGGUCAAAGAAAAGGUGCAGAAGCUCAAAGAUUUGGAAGCCGAGCUGCAGCGGUGUCAUGAGCAAAUGAAGAAGAACCUGGAAGCCCAGCACAAGGAACUGGAGGAGAAGUGGCGCCAGUUUGAGGAUGGCAAAGCCAACUGGGAAGCCCAGCAGCGGAUCUUGGAGCAACAGAACACUUCCAGAACUUUGGAAAAGAACAAGAAGAAGGGGAAGAUCUUUUAAACCCAUUCUUGACCACCAGUUACGUAUUAGUUGCCAAUAUGCCAGCCUGGACGUUAGUGUUUGUUGGAUCCGUUUGACCAAUUUUGCACCAUUUGUAUCCAUAAUGAUGGAUUUAACAGCAUGACUUCUUUUUUUUUUUUUUUUGGUUAUUGUUGAUGGAGAUUCCGAUGCCUUGAAUUGCC